AUAAAUUAUAUUUACAUGGUAUUAGUGGCACCCUCAUUUGCCACUGAUGUGGACUUCAUAAAUAUCCAUUUCCAGGGUUCUCUUUUCGAUGUGACCUAUAGCUUAUACGGCAGGCCAAUUUACUCAUUGUGGAUGCAGGGUACUAUAAUAAGUUUGAACUAUGAUCAAGGGGUUUUUGACUUUGAUGAUGGCACAGGAAGAAUCUUGCAGAUCAAGCUUAUGCAUAGUAAUAUGAACAGUGAAAACGUGGCAAAAUACACAGUGAAGUGUCACAUGGGUUCCCAGGUCGGACAACUUGUAUCCAUUGUGUGCGGGUUGUCGCACAUUAUUAUGAAAAAUGACGCUUUGUUAUGUCUAAAGUUGUUGAGAAUCUCAUCAUCACAAUAUUUCCAUCGUGAUUAUUGGAAUUACAUGGUCAAAAUAUGGAGACUGGAAGCACACAAUUAGUGUCCAAUAUGGAUGAACUUUAUAUUAAGACAAGGCUGAAUGAUAGUAAAAUUAGAAG